AUGACAAUGUUCCCGAACUACCCAACAGCCAUCCCAAGAGGGGCAAAGCUGCAUCCUGUCUGCAAAGACGAGUUGGACAUAGACCCUCUGCCACUAGAUCCAGAUGUCAGGAAGAUGAAGUAUUAUGGCAUGGACUCAGAAGUCGUUACAGCACUGAGGAAGUCGUUAAACUUUGAUCCUCAGGUUCGGCUGCCUCACAACCUGCCGGAGCACGGCGUGGCUUUGCCCGGUGGCGGCGCCACCGGCGCUCUGGCGGACGUGCUGUCCGGUGCUGCUGACGCCGCCAUGAACCCGCGCAUGCUGGUCCACAUGGGCACCACCGACGCCGUCUUUCUGAUGCCAGUGGUGAGCCGCAGCCGCGUCUGCGUGGUGGUGCCACGAGCGCCGCUGCUGCCCUUCUACAAGACGGCACUCCGAGUCUUCACGGUCGAGGCAUGGGCGACCAUACUCAGUUCUUACUUUGCAUCAUCACUCUGUUGGCACGUCUUCAGAAAGAUUUACGCGAGUAGCGAGAGACGGGGUCCCAGGUUCUCGGACUCUAUGAGACAAGUGCUCAAGUUGUUCGUGACACUGCCUUAUUCGUCGCUGCCAUCCCUGCAAAGAGUAUCCAGUCGGAUGUUCGCUGCUUCCUGCUUAAUCUUCAGCAUCAUUGUUUUCAGUGCCUUCCAAGGAUCACUUGUCAAGAUACUAACAAGUCCAGAGCACUCACCCGAUAUCGACACUCUUGAAGACCUGGACGAGUCGGGAGUGUCUAUAGCCGUCACUGGCACCUUGUUAGCUACAGCCUUCAACGGCGUCGACUCGGCAGUCUGGAAGCGCCUCGCGUCGAAGACGAUGCUUGCACCUUCAUAUUACAUAAAAAAGGGACUUUUUGAAGACAGGAACCUGGCGGUGAUCCCGGAGUACCUGCCGGUGGAGGAGAGCUACGACAGCGAGGGUCGCAUCCACGUGGUCGGCGAGUGCCUGGCAACACUCGCAGCUGCCUACGUGGUGCCCCGCCAGUCGCCGUACCGCCAGCAGUUCGAGACGGUCAUCGCGAGGCUGGUCGAGGGCGGCUUGCUGGCCCACUGGAAUGACGUCACGGGAGCGGGGGAGGACGAGGAGAAGGGUGGAUAG